AUGACAGAUGACCAAGACCGCCGGCUUGGAUCCACAGACUACCAAAGCGUCCUUCAUAAGGAGCUGAUUGCCAAAGGAACAGAUUUCACAAACCACUGGACAACCACAGCCCAAUGCUGUCCCAGCCGCGCGGGUCUUCUUCGCGGACAGCAGUCCCAUAAUACGAACAUUACACAUGUCGCAGGCGCCGGUGGGAGCUAUGAUAAAUGGACUCUCGCUGGCGAGGACAACGACUAUCUGCCGCAUUGGCUAAAGAAGGCUGGAUACAGAGUUGAAUACAUCGGCAAGCUGCUGAACGGGUAUAACACGGUAAACUACAACAGUCCAGCACCAAAGGGCUGGGACUUCAUCAACAGUCUGACUGACCCGUAUACCAUGGACUUCAACAACAUAGUCAUGUCGGAGAACGGCGCACGACCACGCCACUACCCCGGCUUUCAUCAAACAGACAUUAUCAGAACUCAAUCCCUAGACAGACUUGAAUACCUAACAUCCCAAGAAAAACCGUUCUUUCUCACCAUAGCGCCCACAGUACCCCACGAGAACUACAACUUCUACGCCCCGGUCCCGCUCCUCCGGCACAAGGGGCUGUUCCCCAAUGCAACGGCGCCGCGGUCUCCGAACUGGAAUCCAUCGGACGAGUUCCAGCAGCAAAAGUCCAACUGGAUGAAGAAGUUGCGCCAGCUUAACGAGACGGAAAUUGAGCACGGCGACUGGCUAUUCCGGCAGAGGAUCGAGUCUCUCCAGGGCGUCGACGAGAUUAUUGAGGACGUGGUAAACUUGUUGGAGGAGAAGGGUGUCAUCGACAACACUUAUAUAAUCUACACAACGGACAACGGCUGGACGAUCGGCGCCAACCGCGUAGCAGCAGGCAAAGCCACACCCUACGCAGACGACACCAACCUCCCCUUCGUCGUCCGCGGUCCCGGGGUGCCGGGGGGCAUCAAGUCCGCACUCCCCGGCGCGCACAUCGAUCUCGCUCCGACAUUUCUCGAGAUUGCAGGCGUUCAGCCGCAAGACCUCCCGGAAUUUCUCGACGGCCGAAGUCUGUUCGACCAAUGGCUCUCUCCAGAGUCGGGAUACGAAGGGAAGAACGAGGGUGUGGGGAAGGAGCUCCUAAACGUUGAGUUCUGGGGAUCUCGAAUCAUCGAAGCCCCCGCAGCGUCCGUGGUCGGGUCCAUCACAACAAACAGCUACAAGACGCUCAGACUCGUCGGCGACGAAUUCUCGUGGUUGUUCAUCAAGUGGUGUACCAACGAGAUGGAGCUCUACAACACUCAGGAUGACCCCUACGAGCUGACAAACCUCAUCAACUCGACAUCCCCCUCCAUCCAACGCCUCCUGACACGCCUCAACGCGGUUCUACUCGUCACAAAGUCCUGCACACAGGGAACCUGCCGCGACCCUUGGACCGUCCUCCAACCGCCCGACUCAACGACGCGCAUCGCAUCCCUCCAAGAAGCGCUCUCCCCGUCCUUCGACCCCUUCUUUUCCUCCCUCCCGGAGAUUCGCUUCAAGGAGUGCAUGCAGUACCAGUACGCCCCUAACGAAGAACCAUUCUACCCACCCGGCGCCGCCGAUAAACUGAGCGAACACCGCAGACCAACAGACAACUUCGUCGACACCAGCGCGACAAAGGUGAUCAAGCCCGACAACACAAAGUUCUACGGCGGACCAGAGCAGAGGAACGUCAAAUGGGCCGAUGUACGCGCCGCCUCGAGGGCAUUAACAGACGACGAGUUGGGCGGCAGUCUGGACCUGAGAAGCUUCGACGAGCGGGACGUGUUGGAGUGGUAUAACUAA